UCCUGCGGUACCGCCCUUGGUUAGAGUGAGGAAACCAGCAGCACAGAAGUCACCGCUUUCUCCCCGAGGACUGCUGUUUUUUGGAGAUCCCAUUAACUUCAGAAAGCCCCCAGGCCUGGAGCAGAAAGCUUGAGCAGGAACGUUGUGGCUGUGGUUUGCUGUUCAUUGUUGCCAAGCGAGCAUAUAGCCACCAUGGCGUUGUCGUACAAGAAGGAUCUCGACAAGUACAAGGAUCUCGAUGAAGAUGAAAUCCUCAACAAACUAUCAGCGGAGGAGCUCAAACAGCUGGAGUCGGCGCUCGAGGAGAUGGAUCCCGAGAAUGCUCUCCUACCAGCUGGUUUACGUCAAAAAGACCAGACGGCUAAGGAAGACACUGGAGCAUUUGACAGGGAUCGUCUUCUUAAAUACUUGGAGAAAGAAGCCAUGGACUACAAGGACAGAGAUGAUAUAGUUCCCUUCACUGGGGAGAGAAAAGGUAAAGCAUUUGUUCCUAAGCAGAAACCAAUAGAAAAAUGUAAGGAGGAAGUCACAACCCUGGACCCAGAACUAGAGGAAGCUCUGUCCAGUGCCACAGAUACAGAACUGUGUGAUCUAGCAGCAAUUCUUGGUGUUCACACACUGGUCACAAGUAACCAGACAUACGAGGGAAGUGGAUCAAAAGAGGGUUACAACAAUGUUGUUAAAGGGGAGAAAAUGAACCCUGUGUUUGAUGAGCCUCCCAACCCUACUAAUGUAGAAGAAACUCUGCAGAGGAUAAAAACCAAUGACAGCUCCUUAAAAGAGGUCAACCUCAACAACAUUAAGAACAUCCCCAUUCCUACGCUGAAAGACUUUGCCAAAGCCAUGGAGAAGAACACACACGUCACAAAGUUUAGUUUGGCUGCAACACGGAGUAACGACCCAAUUGCUGUGGCCUUCAGUGACAUGCUGCGGGAGAACAAGACGUUGCGAAGCUUGAACUUGGAGUCAAAUUUCAUCACCGGGGCGGGAGUGCAGGCUUUGGUUGAUGCAUUGCGAGACAAUGACUCGAUUACAGAAAUCAAGAUAGACAACCAGAGGCAGCAGCUGGGUACCACCGUAGAGAUGGAGAUAGCUAAAAUGUUGGAAGACUGCACCAGCAUCAUUAAGUUUGGCUACCACUUCACUCAGCAAGGACCUCGGUCCAGGGCUGCUGCAGCUAUCACCAAGAACAACGACCUAGUCCGCAGGAGGCGAGUGGAAGGGGACCUGUAGAAACCGAGCCCAACCUCCCUUCCUGCCAGUCCUGUUUUUCAUCUCAUCAUGUGGAAUAAUUUCAGCCAAUGCCCUGGUCUCUUCGUACUGUGCGGAAACUUUAGUCUUGUGCCAAACUGCGGGGCAAGGCACACUUAAACAGAAUAUACAUCUGAGAAGAAGGGAAAUAACUGGAAUUACCCUCCUAUUCACAUGUUCAUACUUAUUUUUGUUAUUAUGCUGUUAUUGAAGGUGUAUAUCUCAUUAGUUUUUAGCCAUUUCAUUUCAGCUGCUCCUUUUUUGAGCCUUUAUAUUUCCUGUCCAGACUUUUUACUUGCUUUUUCCUUUUAUACAACGCUAUAAUCUUGUGAACUAAUCGUGUCCAAGUAACAAAUAACAGCCUUGUAAAAAAACAGAAACUAACAUUGAGAAGCCCCUGUAUUGACUUUAAAGCUCAAAGUUUCAUGUGCUGCUGCUUCUUGUGUUGAACCGAAAGGUAUCUGUCAGCAGUGUGGUGGGGAGUGCUCAGAGCUGGUUCUCACAUCUACGUAGAGAAGGUUCAGACAGUGAAGGCCAGGCCGGUCUGUUGAGUACAGAGUAGUUUGUAGCAGUGACUGCUUUCCUGCAAACCUGACUGUGAAGCUGUCUUUUAGCAUGUAAAACCCAGCAGCCGUAUGCAGUUAUCGCUGGUUCUAACGUUGCUGAGCGUGUACAGUUAGUGCACAUGGAUGCUUUGCAUGAGUCUUUUUUGGGGUUGCCUUUUAAAGUCUGGUAGGACUGUUGAGCUGGCGAAUUGUAACAGUUGAUAGCAGCAUGUUUCUCAGUUUGUGCUGUAUUUUGACUAUUGUCUGGCUAAAAUAAGAUACUCGACCUCAAAAGUCUGCGACGUCUGCCUCCCAAACUCUUGGCUUGCCCCCUCCACAUGUGAAAUAUAUAGUUUAAUGGUUAAUACGUCAUAUUUUCAAUGGUGUUUUACUAUUUUUGUUCUAUUAUAACUAAAGCUCUUGUUUUGAUAUGGUUAAAAUUCAUAGGUUGGUUAUUUGAAUGCUUUGUCUCCAGAAAGAAAUUCUAAUUAUGUUUUGACCAGUAAAUGUGGGGUUGUACAAAAAAAAAUAGAUAGAUAAUUCCAAUUAGAAAUGGGUAUAAUCGGGUCAAAACACGUUGUUUCUCUGAUGCUCAAACAUACCAAAGACUAACACAUGCAGUGCAAUAGUGGACUUGAUAUUGGCCUCCCAGCACAGGUCCAGCAAAGGUCUGCUGAGUAAUAACGAUCAAUGCGUUUUUUGGUCACAUAAUGCUUCUCCUACUUCCUUUUUUUCUACGCACGCACACACACACACACCCCACCCUGCCCACAGUCUGUUGGUCAUUCAUUGGUCAACAUUCAUCAUGUAGUUCUGUCAGACAUCAGGAGGAAUUGGAGGAGUAUCUGUAUUUUUUGUUGUUUUUUUAAUUCAGGUUUCAAGUGUUUAUGCUUCUUUGAACGUACAUCCUGGUAAUGGUUUUUAACGUAACUCCUUUCCACACACAAACUAUUGGUCUUCAGCUCUAGUCACUUAUUGUGU